CUUAGACCCGGCAAAACGGACUACAUCAUGCGAUCAAAUGACCGACCAGAUCUGAAGCUUGCAGUCAGGCCCAUACAAAGCACAAUCAGGUCCUACGAUGAUCUGAAUUUUUUGAUUCCAGUGGAUGCAAACGAGACAAAUCCACCUCCGCGAUUCGUGGUAUUCUGUGACAGUCGGACGGAGACAGAACAAGCUGCCAUGCAUCUUCGAGAUCGGCUGCCAGCGCGGUUGAAGGACAGAGUCAAAUACUACCACGCGGUGAUGAGUAACGAAUACCGAGAGACUGAAGCAAAGGGGUUCAUGGACGACGGCGGAUCCUGGGGACUCAUCGUAACAGACGCUUUCGGUAUGGGUGUGGAUAUGACGGGCAUUGCGAUCGUGGUUCAAUGGAGGGCAAGAUGUGACGCAAGUACAUUGAUUCAACGUUUCGGACGAGGGGCGCGAGGUUCAGGCGAGGUGGCUUGGGCGGUUCUAUUGGCCGAGAAAAAGUACUUUGAUGACGAACGGGCGAAGGCGUCUCAACGACGCCAACGACGGCGUCAACAAGACCAACGGCGAAAGGAA